CUUAUAGCUGUACUCAUUGGUAUAAAUCAACUGCCGCAUCGUGAUGCUAUCGUAUUUGUCAGUCAUUGACCUUUUUACACUUUGAACUUCUUGGGUCUAUCUACACAAUUCUCAGUAUAGUCUUGGAAACCUUAAAAAAAUAUUUUUUCUCUUUCCUGCAGGCAUUCAUAUGUCUCAAAUUCAAAUAAUGACUAUAAAAUGUCGCGUAAAUAUUGUUUCCUCCAUGCACGCUUAGUGUGAAAAUGGAAAAGCUUCUUUCCGACACCUUCUAAGUAAAAGCAAAGUAACCAUGUCUGUAUUUCGAUUUUAAAAUUAGUAUCUAUAAUAUUUUUGAGAGCAUCAAAUGAUAUUUUCUCUCAUGAGAUCGUUCUUGAGAUUUAUGCACUGAGAAAUACCUCGAUAUUAGCCGUCAUUCGGCGUCAUACGAGGUAUUUUGCCCAAGUGUUAGACUACAAACAUGUUCUCUUCCAACUUAUUCCUUCACAUUUAGUAUAUACAUACAUACAUACAUACAUACAUAUCUGCAUACACAGCCUUUACAGAUUUCAUCGAUCUGUUCGUUACAGUCGGCUUCGCCUUAGACUUCGUUUGUUGCGCGUUCGUCUGCCACCUUUUAUCCGAUUUUUUGGCCUGCCGAGAUUUUUGAAUUGUUCAUAUAGUGUCAGUAGUAUUAAAACGGCCGGUGGGCAUCCAGCGAAAUUUUCCGCUUAACUUGACAAAUAAUUUCCGUUGCUUUAUCACUUUACUGUGAAAGUGUGUGUAGUUGUAGUUAAAAAUAUAUCAUAUAUUGGAAAAUAAAAUAUAGAAAUGGCUGAACAAAAGAAGGCUCCACUUCUCAAGAAAGAAGAAGAUUACGUGAAAGCGUUGGAUGGUUUCUUCACAAAAGAGGAUCAGGUUGCGUUGUUGCUCGAUUACGAUGGCACAUUGGCUCCACUUAGCGAAGAGCUCUCAGCCAUGCCAAAGGAUACUGAGAUCAAUAUCAAGAAAUUAGCUGCUAACGACAAAAUCUUCAUGGUUGUCUUCUCCGGACGUGAUUUGGCCGAAAUUAAGAACCACUUGAAAUUCCCCAAUGUUACCUAUGCGGGCAAUCACGGUUUGGAAGUUGAGUACCCAUCGGGCAAGAAAUUCAAGAUUGAAAUGCCAGAAGAACUCUUGAAGAAACAUCAAGAACUCGUCAACGAACUUAAAGAAAAGGUGGUUUUACACGGCGCCUGGGUUGAGGACAAGAAAAUCUCCGUUACAUACCACUACAAGGGUGUCAAUGACAAACUGAAGGCCAAAUUGAUCGAAACUGCCAAGGGUCUGAUUCAAGGACAUGGCUUCCAGCUGAUCGAAACUCCAUACGCUUUGGAGGGCAAACCACGCGUCAACUGGGACAAAGGUGAGGGCGCCAAAAUGAUUUUGGAGAAACACUUCGAAGCCGAUUGGGAUAAGAAACUGAAGAUCAUUUACGCCGGUGACGAUACCACCGAUGAGGAUGCCAUCAAAGUACUCCAUGGCUUGGGCAAAACUUUCCGCGUCUCUGAGCUGCCAACACUGAAGACUUAUGCCAAUUAUCAAAUCAAAACCGUCGAAGAAGUUGGCUGGCUACUGAAAGCCAUUCAAUCGGUCUAUGAGGUCAAGAAGAAGUAAACAUAGCAGUUGUCAAUAUUUAAAAUUCCAAAAAAAAAAA